UACAAAGUAUCAGAGAUGGUGAAAUGAACAUAGAGGAGGGCGAUUGGUAUUUGCGGUCUAAGUAUGGUUCAGAAGCGAGACUGUCUGCGGAGGAUAAGAGAAAGCUUGCAGAUUGGUUUGCAUUGUAUCCUCAGUAUAAAAGGAAAGAGGAUUCAGCAAGUGGAAUGGUGGAUGAUGUCUGGAAGUGGUGGAGAGGGAAAGCGAAUGAGGAAAAGUCAAAGGAGACUCCUAAACAGAGAAAUUCUGAUUACAUUCCAAAAGAUCCCAACUUUGACAUGUCAAACCGGUGGAAGGGAGUUGUAACCAAUGCUGAAAUUACUGGGGAUUUUCAGUUUACAGCUGCACCAGUAACUAUUGAUAAUAAUGGACAGAGAAACUGGCAGCCUAUAGAUUGGACCACAGUUGCCAAAAUACAGAAAGCAAUUUUAGAUUAUGGAAUAGACAAUCAACUGGUCAGAAGACAGAUGGAAACAUUUAUAAAACAUCAGACACUAAUACCCACAGACAUUAAACAUCUGUUUGAACUGAUGCUGGGACCUACGAGUUAUAUGAUGUUUGUUAACAAGUGGCAGGAAAGAUUAGAGCAGAAACAGCUUGAUAACUUGACACUGCCGCACGGAGAUCCCUUACGGGUGGCCUCCCUAGAGCAAUUAAUGGGGAACGGUCAGUACGUUGACCCACAGCGGCAAGCUGCGCUAGACUUGCGAAUUCUGGCUCAAAGCAAAGUGGCUGCCCUUGAAGCUUUCGCCAGUUUGCCACAGGUCGGCACUCCAAAACAACCAUACUUGCAAAUUAAACAGAGAGAUACUGAGUCAUUUAUGGCAUUUGUUGACAGAAUUACAGAAGGUGUUGAAAUGGCACCUGACAUUCCAGCCAACAUGAAAGAGACAUUGGUAAAAGAGAUUGCUAUGCAAAAUGCCAAUGCUGCAUGUCGGAGGUUAAUUGCCACUUUACCCCCUGCUGCUUCUUUACUGCAAAUGGUAGAACAAUGUUCUCGAGCCCCGAUGGAAGAAGAGAAGGAAAAGGCUCGAAUUCAUGCCUCUGCAUUAGCAGCUGCAUUGUCCAAAUGCUCGCCACAAGGAAAGGGGGACAAGGGCUCAAAUCCUGUAUGUUUUAAAUGUGGACAGACGGGACAUUUUAAAAAGCAUUGUCCUACAAUUAAGGCUGUUACUAACCAAGUAUCGUCGAUGAGUUCUCCAUUCGCAGGAACCUGCAACAAGUGUGACAAGUUCGGACACAGAGCGUCAGACUGCAAAUCCCGAUUUAAGAAGGAUGGAACACCUCUUGUGCCCCAGCAGGGAAACGGGGGAGGCCGCGUGGGGGGCGCGGCUCAGACCUCAUCUUAAGCGACCGGACCCCCCACAACGGAGGCUGCCUCGACGAUCUACUCGCCGCCACCAGAGGAAGCGCUGGCCUCGAUUUGGUCGUAAGUGAAACAAUAACAAUCACAACACAGGAGGUUACACUAAUCCCUACUACCAGUAAAGGACCAUUAGGGUAUGGACUUUCUGCCUUGCUAAUAGGAAGAUCUUCAGCUACAAGAACUGGAAUUUUUGUACAACCAGGAUUAAUCGAUAGUGACUUCACAGGAGUUAUUCACAUUAUGGUUAAUGUUUUUACACCACCAAUUACCAUUCCAAAAGGCAGUAAGAUAGCACAAUUGAUUCCUUUCAAAGCCUGUGUACCACAUUCAACACCUAAAAUCAGAGGAACAGGAGGGUUUGGGUCUACAGAGCCACUAAUAGCUUUCUCUGAGGUGAUAACUAACAACAAACCUACACGUUCUGUUACCAUUAUCCAUCCCGACACUCAGAUCACCCCUAAAACCAUUACAGCUGAGAUGAUGAUUGACACGGGUGCAGAUGUCACUAUAGUGCCAGCUGCAUAUUGGCCAAAAGCGUGGCCAAUUGUAAAUUCAUCUGAGAAGGUUUUGGGAAUAGCAGGACUAGCAGAAAUGAGAAAAAGUGCUGUGUUAUUGGACAUCAAAGACAAUGAGGGGAACAUUGCAAAAGUAACACCUGUAAUCAUGAACACACCCUUAUGGUUGCUAGGUCGAGAUGUACUCUCCCAAUGGCAACUUGUUUUGUCUACUCCUUUUCCAUAGCGGCCACUGACAAAGGUGCUCUUCCCACUAUUAAGCUGACUUGGAAAACUGAUAAGCCUGUGUGGGUUGAUCAGUGGCCGCUCACUGAUGAAAAAUUGGAGCACCUGAACCAGCUUGUGGAUGAACAAUUAGAGAAAGGCCAUAUAAAAGAAUCUUUUAGUCCUUGGAACACUCCAGUUUUUGUUAUACAGAAAAAAUCAGGAAAAUGGCGAUUUUUGCACGAUCUUCGUGCUGUUAAUGAGCAAAUGACGCCAAUGGGAGCGUUACAACCAGGCCUACCUUCUCCAGCUGCAAUACCUGUUAAUUGGGCUGUCUACAUUAUUGAUCUUAAGGAUUGUUUCUUUAGUAUUCCACUCGAUCCUGCUGAUACUCAACGAUUUGCCUUUAGUAUACCAUCAAAGAAUAACAGUGCCCCCAUGAGAAGAUUUGAAUGGAUAGUUCUGCCACAGGGAAUGCGUAAUAGCCCAACCAUAUGUCAAUGUCAUACUAACUUGCCUGGAUUCUUGUCAGAAGGAAACGCGAAAGCCGAUGAGGUGGUGAGUGCUGGAGCCCAGCAAAAUGAUACUGAUGAACCUUCUGUUUCUGUCAAAUCAGCCACUCAGGCAAUUAAGCAAGCACAAGUAAGUCAUGCAUUCUUUCACCAAUCUGCAAAAAGUUUGUCUAAGGAAUUCUCUAUAUCUCUGCAAACUGCUCGUGGCAUUAUUGCCUCGUGUCCUGAUUGUGCCAAGGUCUCACCCCUACAAUCAGAAGGCACUAAUCCUAGGGGGACUGAGGCAAGAGAGUUAUUUCAAACAGACAUUACAAUUGUUCCGUCAUUUGGACGUCUAAAAUAUGUUCAUGUCACAGUAGAUACAUAUAGUUCAGCCUUGUGGGCAUCUGCCAUGACAUCAUCAGGGGCGUCAGCAACGUGUCGACAUUGGAGAAUGGCAUUUGCUGUAUUAGGAAACCCCCAAACAAUUAAGACAGACAAUGGUCCAAAUUAUAAAAGCCAAAUUGUUGAAGCAUUUCUUUCAGCCUGGAAUAUCAAACAUUUAUUUGGAAUUCCUUACAAUAGUACAGGACAGGCAAUUGUUGAAAGAAAGCAUUCUGAUCUCAAACGAUAUAUUGCCAUUUUUCAAAGACAGGGGGAGUUUUCCCAUUCCCACUCCCCCCACGAUAUUCUUUCAAAGGCCAUUUAUGUUUUAAAUUGGAAACUCUGGUCACAAAAGUCGAAUCAAGAAGUUGGGUCAACCCCUAUCUUUAGACAUUUUACUCAAAACAAUCCUUUAAAAGAAACACACGUUUCUGUGCAAGUUUGGGACCCCUCAUCAGCCACCUGGAAUGGACCAUGGAGAUUAAUAACUUGGGGUCGUGGAUAUGCUUGUGUCAUUACAGAGGACGGAGAGCGGUGGUUGCCAGCCAAGUGGGUGCGACCCUGGCUACAUGCUGAAACCAAGGAAAACAAGGAGGAUGAUCAAACGGCAAUAGAAGAAAUUGCUGACUUAGAAGCUGCACACAACGUCACCAGAGACAACUGAUCUGAGCUAAAUGUUGAACAAUAUGUAUUGGUUAUCUGCUAUUGUAAUUAUUUUUGUGGUGCAGGAGAAUUUUGGGUGGGGUAGUGAAGACAACUUUUGGGUGAAUUGGGCAAAGGAGACAAAUAACCCAUCCUUUUGCUUACACUUAUCAGCAGCCACAGACCCAUUUAAAACAUGCCUGAUAGGGUUGCCAUUUGAUGAUCAACGCACUUUGGUAGCCUCCUUUUCAUCUCUCACACAUCAAGAUUGUUCUACAGCAAAAAGUAUAAGUCAUUGUAUGGCAUUAAUAGUUGCAAGCCUCAAUGACCCUUUACCAUGGGAUCCUCAAGAGUUCAACCUGUUAGGAAGUAGAAUGCCAAAUCAGUCAGGAUGUCUGAUAUUUGGCUCGUACAAUCUGACGAAUCGUCAAAUAACAGAUCUAACAUCCUAUCAUUUUCCUUAUUGGAGUACCUCUGAUUUUUGUGCUAAAGACACGGUUUAUGGUUGGAACACAAAUGGUAUGUGCCUUAACAUUACCAAAGCCUUAAGAUUGCCUAGAAAUGUGUUCCUGAUUUGUGGUAGAAGAGCGUGGCCUGGAAUCCCAAAAGAAAGUAACGGAGGGCCAUGUUACAUUGGUCACCUUUCUUUGCUAACUCCUACUUCAGAAUUUAUCCGAAAUCAUAUUGCAAGUAGUGCAACUCUAUUAAGAAAUCGUAGAAAUGUAGAAAUGUUAACCUCUGAUUGUAAUGAUGAAGUGGAACUUUGGUCUCAUACAGCAAGAGUUUUUGGAGCAUUGUUUCCUCCUAUAGGAACAGCACAUGCCUUGUCAGCCAUUCAGGGAUUAGCAUGUUGGACAGCAAAACAAGCUAAUGUUACUACUAGUGUUAUUUCUCAGCUUGCAGUAGAUCAAAAUAGUUUGCGAAAGGCUA